AUGAAAGACCAUUAUAUUAAUAUAUUAUUGUUUGCUCUUCCAUUAAAUAUAUUGGUAUAUAAUCAAAGGAACUAUUACAUUACACCACGUCAUACAGAAACCAACAGAUCUUUAUGUGAAUGUGAAUUAUAUUCACCUACGAACUAUGAUAGUGAUCCCGAAAUGAAAAGGGUAAUGCAACAAUUUGAGGAUCGUACAACACAACGAUUUCACGAAUAUGACGAAAAGAUGCAAAGUAAACGAAUACAAUGUAAAGAUCGAUGUGACAAAGAAAUUCAAAAAAUUAUUUUAAAAGAUAAACUCGAUAAGGAACUAACAGAAAAGUUUGCUACGCUACACACGGAUAUACAAAAUGAUGCUAUUCCCACAUGUGUUUGCGAAAAGUCGUUAGCAGAUAAAGUGGAAAAAACAUGUUUGAAAUGUACCCAAAAUUUGGGAGGGAUUGUUGCACCCUCUUCAGGAGUAUUAGGAGGAAUUGGUGAAUUUGAGCUAAGUGUUUGGAAACCUGCGGCAUUGGCAGCUGCUAAGGAAUUUGCCGAAAAAGCCGGUGCAGCUCAGGGUGCUAUUGCAGGUAAUGCCCAUGGUAUGAAAAUAGUUAUUUAUUAUCUAAAAGAUUGGGGUAUACAGCAAUGUUGUCCUGAAAUAUUUAAUCCCUUUGUUGCUAAAAACAUUUAUACUGAAGUCGCAAAUAUUUCUGGUGAUAUUAUUGCCAAAUAUAGUGCGAAGUGUGCGGAUACGGUCACUGGUGGUAAUUCUAUGUGCAAAGCAUUUUGUCUUAAAUUAGGCACAAAUAUUGCACAUGGUGGAAGAACUCUUUCAGUAGAUCAUAUUGUACAAUUAAAGAUAAAAGGACUUGUUGAACGAGCUGAUCAAGCUGUCGCUCACGUUACCAAGACUACUAGUGAAACUGUUACUGCUGCAAUAAAAGCUCGAGAGACCGCUUUGAUAGAAGGUAGAUUUGAAAGUUCCAUUACUUCUAUAAAUGCUUCGAUUAUUGCAAUUAUAGUAAUCGUUUUAAUUUUGGUAAUAAUAUAUUUAAUUUUACGUUAUAGAAGAAAAAAAAAAAUGAAGAAAAAACUGCAAUAUUUGAAAUUAUUAAAAGAAUAG